CUUUGCGAGUGAAGAGGCGGCGUGCGCGCCAAAAUUUUCUUAGUGGGAGGUGUCCGAGAAGAAGUUCCAUAUGUCUCUUUCGAGACCCAUAUUACAAUACCCCGAAGAGAAAGUUACUCAAGCUUUAGACGCUAUUAGAAAUGGCAUGUCUAUUAGAGAAGCUAGUAGAAACUAUGGGGUUCCUCGAGGCACAAUUCAAGAUAGACUUCAUCUACGAUAACAACCCUCCGAUGUCAAGAAGUGAACCGACGUAUUACCAAAAACCUAAGACUUAUUCUGUGAUACUCAUUCGAUCACCGAAAGUAUCACCUUUUGUUCGAAAGCAUCUCAUUAUUCCGUCACCUAUAAAGAAAACCGCAUCUCCUAGAGUAAUGAACAGAAUUGGAGCAAUAUCGUCUGAAGAAUGGAGGCAAUUUGAAAUUAUGAAAGAGGCUGAGAAACAAAAAAAAAAGAAACAUGCCAUUGAAGAAAGAAAGUUACAGAGAAAGAAAAAUAAAGAAGAAAAGCAAAAGCAGAAAAAUGAAACCAAGAAAAAUAAAGCUGUGAAUUCUAUCAUACGUAAAGUGAAAGGACUUAAUACAAAAAAGAAAAUUGAUGACUCUGAUCCAGAAUUCAUUAUGAAAAGUAUUAAAAAAAGAAAAUUAAACGAUAUGAAAGAAAGAAAAGGAGAAGAAGCAGAGCAGACUAACUGUGAUCCAGAGAAAGCUAAACCAAAUAAGAUUAAAAUCCUCAGUGAUGUAGUCAUAACACCUGGAACUCCUGUGAAAGAAACUAAUAAAGAAAAUUUAGUUCUGAAAAAAAUGGUUAAUCGUAGAGAAACCUUUAGAAAUGAAGAAGAACUUCAGAAUUUUUUAAAUAGUGAUUUUAAUGAUGAAUAAGUUGAUAAUGGUUCUUGUGAUAUUAGAGUACCUACUCAGGCCUUAUUAUUUAAUUAAUUUGAUUAAGUUCCUACAUAAUUAAGCUUAAAACAAUCGAUCUCAGGAGAGGCUGACUACUGGUAGCUACAUGGCCGAGUGCUGGCUUGUGCCGGCUGAGUACUGGGGAAAAGUGCCUUAUUUUGAUAAAUAUUUUAUUUUCCAUACUUAUUAAGCAAAAUUAUGUUAUUUGUUAAUUGCUUAUCAAAGUUUAAUAAAUGAUUAAGUAUAUAAGUACAAAAGGUUUUUUAUUACUAUUUUCAAUAAUUUUCUAUACAUAUUUAAAUUUACACUUUUCGCUAAAAGGCUGACUACUGGUACCCGUACCCUAU